UUCCGCCGGCCCGACUAGGGCUGCAAAGGACAACGUGCGCGCCGCUUCCAAUGUUGACCGUGUUCUCGCGGGGGAUGGUUCGGGCGAAUUUGGUUGCCGCUCGGCGACACAGAAAGGAGCGGUAUUCUUCGGCGAGGAGCCAGAAAGAACCAACAUCAGAAAGAAAGCUUCAGAAGCAAAUAUGUCAGGUUGUUCUCAAUCACUUCGAGAAACAAUACUCUGAAGAGUUGGGAGGAGCAUGGAAUUCAGUCAGGGAAGUUCUUACAACACCGCAGUACUGGCAAUAUGCAGUCCUCCUUAAUAAAUUCAGAUGCUCUUCUGAAAUAGAGUCUUAUUUGUGUUUAAAGAACUAUCGCCUCCUUUUCACAAGACCUUCAUCCUGUUUUCCACAAUCAUUGAAAUGUUACAUCAGUGAUGCCCCCGGAAAAUUCCCUGCUCAGAAACACAGAGAUGGACAAUUAAAGCAGUAUUACUUGCUAAAUGCUGCCUCUCUGCUGGCAGUACUGGCUCUGGAAGUAAAAGAUGGAGAAAAAGUGUUGGAUAUGUGUGCUGCUCCAGGGGGUAAAUCAGUAGCCACACUGCAGUAUGCUUGCCCAGGACUUUUACAGUCAAAUGAAUAUGAUAACUUGAGAUUCCAUUGGUUGAAGCAGACACUAGAAUCCUUCAUUCCAGAAUCUUUGAUGAGCCUAAUUACUGUUUCUACGAACGAUGGAAGAGAAAUAGGAAAUCUUCAGCCUGAAAAGUUUGAUAAGAUCCUAGUGGAUGCUCCUUGCUCAAAUGAUAGAAGUUGGUUAUUCUCUUCUGAUACCCAGCAGGCUACUCUGCGUUUAGCACAAAGGAAGCUAUUAUCUGCUGUACAGAUACAAUUGCUCAGAUCUGCAAUUAAAGCAUUGCGUCCUGGAGGAUAUCUGGUUUAUUCUACGUGUACUCUUUCUAAGUCAGAGAAUAAUGAUGUCAUAAAUCACAUCCUUGAUUCCUGCAGCAAUGUUUUGCCAGUGGAUUUGCACACCCUGGUGACUUCACUAUCCAAAGAAUUCAGUUUGGCUGCCAAUGUCCAACAGCAUGAACUUUUGGUACUUCCAGAAAGAGGGAAAGCAUGGGGACCAAUGUAUAUAUCUAAAUUAAAGAAAGUAUGAUUCAUGAAA